CUUGACUUUGUUUGAAUCAAUUGCCAAAUCUGGAGAAUUGGCUCAAGUUUACCUAAACUUACCUCGCAAGGUACCGAUUUACCUGCACAUCUGCUCAAGGUGCCAGUCAGUCAACUGGUUGUUAACAGACCUAUACAAGCUGUCGCAGGUCAUUCUCGUCAUGUCGAAUGGCCCUCCUCCAUCAAGACUAGUCUCGAUUUCGACGCUUCCUUUGUGCGAAAUUGGAGACAAAGUGAGGUUUCUGGGCUGCGUCACUUCCUAUGCGACCAGUAAUGCAACCCUGACUCUCGAAAACACAUCCCAGCUGGGAGACCGUGAUUCCGAUCCCCGCCAAUCGCGGGUUCAGGCGCUGGUCGACGUGAAUCUUAUUCUCCAGGCCCUUAACCAAGAGCAGACGCAGCCUGGUGAAUGGGUCAAUGUCGUUGGCUACAUUAACAAGUCGGAUCCCUCUAGUGACAAAAGGACUGGCAGAUAUUGUGUCAAAGUGCAAGCCCUGUUACUUUGGUCCGCUGGGCCGCUGAGUCUACAGGACUACGAGAGAACCCUAUCGUCUCAUGUCAAAGGUUUACCUGCCGGCCCGGACCCUCCGAAAGAGUUCUGACAACGUACGCCCGGCGGCAUGGCUGUACGGAGUAUGUGACACAUGCCCUAUGCCGCUGCCACGCGUGUCCUACCUUGCAUGGCUGCAAAAGCUAGUCUAAGAUGGAAACUGGCAACCAUAUCAGAAAAAAAAAAGAAGAAAAAGAAGAAAAAAACGAAGAAGCAGUUCCACAGAGUACGCCAUCGCACUGGACCUCUCUGCUGGCAAGCUAUGCUUGUUGUCUUUAACUGGCUCGGCACAAGCACCGAAUACUCUCAUUUGCUUGUUUCUUUCGUGAUACCAUUGCAUUCUGCUUUGGGGUAAUACAGCAGAUCGCCAUCUUGAUGAUGAAUUGAAGAUUGAAAGUGGGUUUUAUUGUUGAUUCUUCCAAGCGUUGUGUACCGUCCUCCUUUUUUGACGUCGAACGACCAAUCAGUCGCAGACACUGGGAUAAACGAUAAUUUCCGGCAGCAUCAAGUGGAAUGGUGCACAACACGUUAACAUCAUACCCACCUAACUGCACAUUUCGGAAGCCAACAACAGUGCCCAAAAGCACUGACUACGCAUACCGGCAUUCCGGUGCCUGCCAUGUCAUCGUGCUUGACGGAGGAGAAGCGCGAAAUAGGUGGUCAUCCAGACCUAGUCUCACUCGGCAUUGGCUGCAUUCAAAAUACCAAUGUGCGGGAGCUUCCGACCGCCAUCUCGGACAAUCCCCUUAUCACUGAUAUUAUUUAGAUUCAGCCCGGUCUUUUAUUGUGCUAUCCACCAGAAAGCCCCUAUGGAGUUAUUCAGGCAAUCAAACCAGAGAAAGGAACGAAACAUUGCCUAGUCCUCCAUCCACACACAAACGGCCGCUAUUGCCCGUUGCCGGCACAGCCAGGACCAAUUCUUGGCUAACAAGGCCUGAAACUCGGCGGCGCAGUGACAACGCAGUCGCACUGCUGCAGGCCCAUACACACCAGCCCUUGCCAUAACGGAAUAACAUAAAAUUAUGCAGCGUCCAUUGGGCCCAAAAACGCUAGUUGAGAGUAGAGGUCUGGACAUGGGGCAAAUGUCACGCAACAGCAACCGCAAACGCCCGUAACGCAGCAGAGAGUAACAUUCACAACAUGGGAUCUCCGGCCCACUGCAUCGGCGAUGCGCCAUCUCACCAAUCUUGCGCCCUCUUUGGCAGCGCCAAGCUUUAUUGAGUGCUCCAACCUGCACACAUUUUUGGUUCUUCCACCGAACUCCGGGGUGUAUUCGUUGGUCAGCCUGGGCGUCUGCUGCGGCCGCCUCUCUCGUCAUCCCUCCUGUGCCGCCUUUGAGGGUUUCGUGCGUUGGAUCCGCCUCGGCUGAUCACCACUGGCUUGUGCCAGGGGCGCUUGAGAGUCUUUUGCUCAGCGUCGGCGCUGCUGCUACCACCGCUACCGGAUGAUUGACGGGCCUCGGCCUGUUUUUUGUACAUUUCGCGAGACUUGUUGCAAAUAUCAUCGAUUUGUUCCUACCGUCCAUGUCAGGAAUCAGUUUCGAAUGCGUCUCUGCUUAGUUCAUUUGUGGAACAGAUGGCUCACAUCAGAGAGGCAUGGCCCUGGAGUGGUUAUCAGGAAGCCAUCCUCGCCCUGCGAUUUCAUCAUGGUCAGUAAGCCAUAUAUAUCCUUCCUCGGCCACAAGCAUCUUACCUCGUUUUGAUAAGUGCGCACGCUGGCCUCAGGUCCGAGAUAGUAGCGUAUUUCCGCAACAAUCACCUUUCUGUGUAUGUCUAUGUUGGGGAUCCAAUAUGUCUUUUUUGAUGCUUCAGAAGAAGACAUGACUGCGAAAGGCACUGCACUUGAUGGCUCAGCUGGUGUUGCCGGGGGAAACUCGGGGCACAGCAAUACAACCCUCAUCCCUCUUCGCCAUGGGGUUGAGGCGGUAUUUAUAUUUGUCCGUUCACGGUAACGACGGCUGGUUCUUAAAGUGCACACGAAAUCGAGACAAUGCGACUCUGUGAUAGGGCGUACCUAUGAUUAUUUUAUGCAGCCGCUGGCCAAGGCUUCUUAUGGUUUUUUUCUUGCCCUUCUUUCUCUCCGUUUUUCUCUUAUAAAACCUUCGUGAGCUACAAGUUUAGCCACUUCAUUCCACAAAUCUGAUUCCUUCACAAAGUUUCAGUGACCGGAACAAUAUCGCGCUCGACAUAGUUAUUGCUUUUCUUCUUUUCCACUUUAGCAUGGAAGCCGUAAGUAGAGACCUACAUGCA